GUCCAUGUGUCUUCCAUUUGUCAUACACCGUUCGAGCUUUUCAGUCACUUUUGGACAAAAUUUACAGUGAAAUAAUGCUGAAAUUAGUGAAAAAUCACACGGGAUGCUGCCGGUGGGUGUACAGAGGCGUGUUCGCCGCUGGAAAUAGAGCUUUUCCUGCGGUGUCUCGGCGGGAAUUAGCGAUUUUCACUGCGCCUCAACCAUUGAAAGGACUUCAGACAAAAAUCUCGAGUUGUUCACCGUGCGAAACGUUGAGGAGAAGCAGAAGCUCGCAAGCGGAUACUAUGAAGAUCGCCACUUAUGAGGAAGUCAAGGAUCUCUGCAAUCAUCCGGAGAAGCUGCUCAUCGAUGUCAGGGAGCCCAAGGAAUUGCUGGAGACUGGCUGCAUUCCCACCAGCAUCAACAUUCCACUGGGACAAGUGCAGACCAUUUUCUCUGACGACACCUCAAAUGAGAACUUCCGCGAGCGCUUUGGGCGCGGGAAGCCAACCAGGGAUUCUCAGCUCAUUUUCAUGUGCAAAGUCGGCAUUCGCAGCGACAAGGCCGCCCAAAUGGUCACUCAAAUGGGUUUCCGCAACGCCAAAAACUACAAGGGCUCCUGGACUGAGUGGGCGGAAAAGGAGGGCCUGCCGGCGCCCAAGUGAAAUCCUGUUGCAAUGCUGUAACAGAGUAGUGAUCAAUAAAUCACUGUAUCACAAAA